UAAUACUGGCCAGCAAUACACGAAUUUCCCAACUUUGCAAUCUCCAAAAAAAACCAUUCUAUCACCUUCAGCUUUCCUGGUUCUCAAAAAAAAUAUUCUGCUUUCCAACGUAUAUCAAAUAUGCCCAUCACUGGAAGGUCCCUUGUAAGCACCUUGCCUGGCCCUACGCCCGCAGCUCUGAUGAUAGAGGAAAGGGCCAAGGCCAUGUUUGACCCGUCGGACAUGCUCAAUGUUGUGGAAGGAACCGCAAAAAAAGCCAAUAAAAUCAUGGAGCUUUACCAGUCCUUGGAGCGGGACCCACUUUUGGCGCCUGGUUAUGCGGACUAUGAGUUGUCCCGGGCCGAAAACAGAGAGCAGACCACGGCCCGCAUUGCCCGCAUGACCCAGUACGUGGAGCUGGAGUCAUAUGCGGAUUUCUGGCGCCGCUUGAACCUCGUGACUGCUUACGACCCGUCGUUGGGUAUCCGGAUCUCGGUCAACCUAGGGCUUUUCAUCAAUUGCAUCAAAGGCAACGGCACGGAAGCACAGUUCCGGUACUGGUGUUUGGAAAAGGAGGCCAAGUUCAUGAAGCAGUUGUGGGGCUGCUUCGGCAUGACCGAGUUGGGCCACGGGUCCAACGCCGCGGGCGUGGAAACAACGGCUGUUUUCGACGAGGCCUCGGACGAGUUCAUCAUCAACACACCGCACAUCGGCGCUACCAAAUGGUGGAUUGGGGGCGCGGCGCACUCGGCCACACACUCGGCCGUCUAUGCCCGGCUCAUCAUCAAGGGAAAGGAUUAUGGCGUGAAGACGUUUGUGGUGCCGUUGCGCGACUCCAGGCACCAGUUGAUGCCCGGCGUAGCGAUUGGCGACAUUGGCCAGAAAAUGGGGCGUGAGGGCGUGGACAACGGCUGGAUCCAGUUCUCGUCCGUGCGCAUCCCACGGUUCUUCAUGUUGCAGAAGUUCUGCCAGGUAGGCCGCGACGGUUCCGUGACACUUCCUCCGCUCGAGCAGUUGAGUUACAUCUCGCUUUUGCAAGGCCGUGUGGGCAUGGCGUCGGACUCGUAUCGAAUCUGCGCCCGCUUCAUCACCGUGGCCACACGCUACGCCGUGGGCCGGCGCCAGUUCAAGGGCGACCACACCGGCAAAUCCGAGGAGACCCAGUUGAUCAACUACCCGUUGCACCAGCGGAGAUUGAUGCCCUACUUGGCCUUGACCUAUGCGGCGGGCGUGGGCACGGACCGCUUGGAGCGCCAGCACGAAAGAGUGGUGCGGCAGUUGGAGCAGGCGGUGGAGAACAACGACGACGCUGCCAUCCGCAGGUCGUUGGCCGACACGAAGUCGCUAUUCAUUGACUCUGCUGCGUUGAAGUCGACCUUGACAUGGCUCGCCGAACUGUGCAUCACCGAGGCCAGGCAGGCGUGCGGCGGCCUGGGCUACCUGGCCUACUCGGGGUUUGGAAAAGCCUAUGCCGACUGGGUGGUGCAAUGCACGUGGGAAGGAGACAACAACGUGCUUGGCAUGUCUGCCGGACGGUCGAUCUUGAAGAACGUGAGCGACGUGCUCCGGAAAGACGCCCGCAUUUCGGGCUCCUUGGAGUUCUUGACCCGGGCCAAACUCUGCCUUGGAUCCGAACGGGUGCUCUCGACAGAAUCAGACUUGAGUCCUGCCCAGGUUCUCAAGGCUUUGGAGGUUUUGAUAGUGCGCGUGUCUGAGUCGGCCUUGCAGAAGGCAGAGCAGAAGAAUAGCUGGGACGUGGUCUCUUACGAGAGAGUGUUAUUGUCGAAGUUGAGCUGCCACCACUAUUUGUUGGAGACGUUCAUCGGCACCAUCGGAGAGGUGCAGGCCCCCGGGCUCUUGUACGCGUUGGCAAAGGUGAUCCGGCUCUAUUUCUUGACCCAUUUGUUGGAGAACUUUGGCCGCGAGUUCAUCAGCUUCCUGGUGUUGAGUCCCGACUUGAGCAAAUCCAUCACUUCCAAGUUGAUUCCGGAGAGCUGCUUGGAGGUCAGGGACCAGGCCAUUCCAUUGACAGACUCCUUCCAGAUCCCAGACACCUUGUUGAACCUGGCCAUCGGCGUCUACGAUGGAAACUGGUACGAAAACUAUUUCCGCGUGGUAAAGACACUCAACGACCCAAGCGAAACCAAGGCCGCAUACUCGAGUGAUUUGGAGGCGAUGUUGAAUCGUGACUCUGUUGCUGACAGACAGCGUUCGGAAAAGAGCAAGGACGCAGAGCGCAAAUUGUCACGCUGAGACCGCCGCUUCUUCCCAGGUCCUGGCAUACCCGACACUCC